GCGAUGGCUCUGGUUGCAGUCGGGCCGCGGCCCAUGCGCGCCGGACCCAUGGCCGCAGCCUGUCUCAUUCUGCUCUGCGUACACAAUGCCAACGCGCUCGCACUCCAGCGCACGACCAGCGCCCUCCGCAUGUCCACAACAACACCAGAAACGCAGCGAGCGACGGACCCCUACCGCGCCCUGAAGAAUCGCCACAGCCCCGGCGUCGUGCUCAUCGACGGCGACAACUGCCGCGGCAAGUCGCGGUGGCAGUUCUCCGCCGCGGACAUGAGCAGCCGCGUGCUCGCGGCGGCCGCCGGCGGGCGCUUCGGCGGCGAUGGCGUCGACGCGGUGCUGUUCCUCGACCACGGCGAGGCGCGCGAGUGCGUCGUGCGCGACGGCGGCGCCGUCGCCUUCGCGGGCCGGCGCGCGACGGCCGACGACGUCAUGGUCGACGCCGUCGAGUGGUGGCUCGACCGGGGCCGGAGCGUCGUCGUCGUGACGUCGGAUUUCGGGCUCCGCCAGCGAGCGAACUACCACGCGGCGCGCUUCGCGCGGGGCAACGGGCCCGGGGGCAAGGCGUCGGACCACGUGCGCUUCGUCGCCGCCGAGGCCCUCGUCGAGGCCUUCGAGGGCGAGGCGCCGCCCGCGCCGCGGGCCUACGAGCGGCCCUUCGCGGACGCGCUGGACCGUCUCGCGGAGCACGUGCUCACGGCGCCGUCGAGCGUCCGCGCGCGGAAGCGGCGCCGCGCGGGCCGGCGCGCGCCCGGGGACGUCGUCGGGUCGCCCCUGGGCAAGGAGCAGACCUGGAUGCGCGUCGUCAUGGCCGAGAAGCUCCGGUGGUUGUUGCGGACGGCGGGCGACGCGCCGCGCGCGUGCGACGGCGAGCUCGUCGCCUUCCAGGCGGCCUUCCGCGACGACGACGACGACGGCGACGACGCGCCGCCCAAGGUGCUCCAGCACCGGCUCACGGACAAGAAGCACCGCCACGAGCUGCUGCGCUUCGCGGACGCGCUGCGAAGACCGCGAACCGAGGACGGCGACGACGACGCGGCGCCGCCGGUGGCCACGGCCGUGCCCGAGCCGCCGAGGGAGACGAACCCGGCGAACAACCGGCGGCUCCGGCGGUCGACGCGGCGCAAGGCGAAGCGGCUCCAGGACGUCCGCGGCGUCGCCGCCGCCGCCGCGAGCGACGCGGGCCCGAAGACGAAGGCGCUCCUCGCGGACCGGGACGACCUCGAGCGCGCGCUCCGCGCCUGGCUCCGGUCCGACGACGACGACGCCGGCGUCGCCGCGGAGGACCCCGCGGCGAGGUAGCGCGCGCGUUUUACUGAGUUAUAAACUAGCCAUCG